UUCAUACCCGGUUUUGUCUUGUUGUGCCGUUUAUUUCGUAAACCACCGGGCGUCUCCAUUCGAUUAAAUCACGGUAAAAUUGAGACCUGCAUUAUAAUCCAUAUGAAUCCAAAUUAUUUUUACUAGAGUAUCAUUUAUAAUGUAUUUGACAAUUACAAUAAACAUAACAAACAUAUUUGCAUCACAUGUCAAAUGUAUCCAUCAAAAUGGCUUGAAGUAAAAAUAUGGUUUUAUAAAAUUUUGGGUUUUUCUUAAUCUAAACUUAGAAAUACAUUCAAAUGAAAUUAGAAUUCAAAAUAUUCCUACUUCUAAACUUCUAACAAACGAAACAAAAAGCUCAUGCAUCCUUUUGAAGUCCCUAGGUAUGAUUCUCCAUUCGUUUGAAGUCGUCUAAUUCGCACUAUUGUUUACCACCACCCGGAGUGAAAUAUCAUCACCAUUUCAUCGUUGGUAGCAUGCUUCGGAACGUUUUAGUUAAUUAAACUUUGCUGCGGUAACUGCGCAAAGUUGACUGGAGUUCUGCCCGAAGCGUAUGCACGUUGCACGAUGCAUAUAUGAACUCCCCCCUCCCAACCACCUUUUGCAUUCUAAACACAUUUGUUUGGUAGAGAAACAUAUCUUGGUUUAUUAUCUGACCACGGUGCACUUUCACUGGGAUGCGGGAAAAUUGGCUGCGUUAGAUGGAAAUCUUAAGCCACAAUUUAAUUUCACCUUUCCAGCAAGCGAGAAGUUUUGUUCCAAAAGGGAUGGUUUAUGUGAGGAAAAGGAAACCCCACCGGAAAUGACGAAAACCAUACUCUUACUUUUUGGAGCCUUAAGGGAUGUUUGUAAUGGAGGAAGGAAAAAUUUGUUUCCGAGUGUACGGUUUGGUUAAAGUUUGUUUGACUUUCAAAGUGUUGUACAUUUGAUGGUUUUGAGCUAAACUUUUGAUCAUCGCUAUGAAGAGAGCAAAGAUUGGUGGAGAAAGUUAGCAAAUUGUUAAGAUAUUCGUUUAAUGUUACAUGCUGAUUUUUUAAACCGUUUUUCUUCCAUUCAACAGGAAAUGCUUCUGAAAAAAGGAUAUAAACACUCAACUUGAUUGACGUAUGAUUCUCUAAAAAAGAGCUGCUGUAAAGGUGAACGAACAGAUUGCAGUAUCCCGCGCGAGUGCAUCACGACCGGGUGGCUUAUUGGUGGCAAUCACACAGCCGCGUGUGAUUAAAUUUAUUCAAAACCCCCCGCCGGAACCAUACGGGUCACCAUCAGCCGUAUCAUCGAUCGUUAGCCUUUACCGUUUGUGGGUGCAAAAAGCGAACGAACAGCGAAAAGAAACAGCGUGUUGGAUUGUGGGUUGAUAGUUGAUUCACGAUUUGCAUAAAUCUUCCCGUGGCUACGUGACAUUUCGGCACCGACCGUGCGUGGUCGAUGAUGGUGGUGAACCAGCAACGGACCAAUUGUGGUAUAAAAUGGCGCUGGCUUUACUUUGUCCUGGCGGUUGCAAUAAGUCAUACCAGCGGUACGGAAACAUCGAACGACGAAUGGUGGCAAAGGACGGUUUUCUAUCAAAUUUAUCCACGCUCGUUUAUGGACUCGAACGGCGAUGGGGUGGGUGAUUUGCGCGGCAUUUCUAGCCGAUUGGUACAUCUCAAGGAUGCUGGCAUUGGUGCGACCUGGCUAUCGCCCAUCUUCCUAUCGCCGAUGGUAGAUUUCGGGUACGACAUUACGGACUAUACCGCCAUCCAGCCGGAGUAUGGUACGAUGGAAGAUUUCGCUGCAUUGCUUGCGGAAGCGGAACGACUCGGUAUCAAGAUCAUCCUUGAUUUUGUGCCCAACCAUACGAGCGACCAGUGCGAAUGGUUCCAACGGUCGGUGGCACGUGAAGCACCGUACACCGACUACUAUGUGUGGCACGAUGGUCGUGUGGAUCCCUCCAGCAGUAAUGGAACCCGAUUGCCACCAAAUAACUGGCAAUCCGUUUUCUACGGUUCCGCCUGGACGCUUCAUCCGGUGCGUGGUCAGUACUAUUUGCAUCAAUUUACCGCCCAGCAACCGGAUCUGAACUUUCGCAAUCCGGCCGUGGCGGAGGAGAUGCGCGAAGUGUUGCGGUUCUGGUUGCGCAAAGGGGUGGCCGGCUUUCGCAUCGAUGCGGUAAAUCAUCUGUUCGAGGUGGAAGGUUUUCCGGACGAGCCGGAAACGGGCACCGACCGGGAUCCACUUUCGUACGGCUUUACGCAACACAUCUAUACGAAGGAUUUGCCUGAAGACUACGAUAUGGUGUACCAGUGGCGAAAACUAUUGGACGAUUGGACACGCGACUAUGGAGGAGAUAGUCGUAUCAUAAUGACGGAAGCGUACGCAAACAUUACCUUCACCAUGAAAUAUUACCGUUCGGGUGAGGAAAAUCAACCCCGGCAAGGUUCACAUAUGCCCUUUAACUUUCUGCUCAUCACCGAUCUUAACCGAGACUCAACCGCACAAGAUUUUGUGUUCACGAUCAAUAAAUGGCUUACGUAUAUGCCACGGACCGGGGCCACAGCUAACUGGGUGUUGGGUAAUCACGAUCAGCGCAGAGUCGGCACUAGGUAUGGGGCAGAACGGAUUGAUGCGAUCCAUACACUGCUCCUAACGCUUCCGGGUAUUGCCGUCACGUACUAUGGGGAAGAAAUCGGUAUGCUAGACAAUCCGGAUGCGAUCAGUAGCAAUGGUACGGGUGACUCCGUCACCGGUGGUGAUGCAUUUAUUGUGUUUUCACGCGAUCCCGAAAGAACUCCAUUCCAGUGGGAUGAUACAGCGAAUGCGGGCUUCUCCACCGGUCCAACCACGUGGCUACCGGUACAUCCUAACUAUCGUCAGCUAAAUCUGGCGGCGGAAAAACGUUCCGAACGGAGCCAUUACAAAACUUACCAAGCGUUGGUACGGUUGCGAACGCACGCAACCUUCCGGAAGGGUUCGAUUCAGCUUGUCCCGUACUCGGACAGCGUUAUCGUGUACGUGCGUGAGUUACAGGAUGCUGACACGUUUGUGGUGGUGAUCAACCUGUCGGAUGGUGCCGAUCGAAUGGUCGAUUUGGCUUCUGUAUUUCCAAGACUUUCGCCCGAACUAACAGUCGCUUCGAGUGGUUCCGAAUCCAACUAUCGCACAGGAGAUAUCGUGCAGUCGGACAGGCUGAUCGUAGGCAGAUAUGAAGGACUAGUCUUACAAGGUGUGCCACUGACGUCGAGGACACGGGACCGCGAUGCGAUGCCGAGUACAAAUUUAGCCGUCCUUUGGCGCACGGUGAAGGACGCAGCAGUAAUUGCGUCUAUCAUAAUUGCGCUCGGUUCCAGCUACUACGGGCUUCAGCCAUGGCACACCAUCGGCAAGUGGACUGCCCGGGGUAGUUUAAAAAAAUAAUGACAACCAUAAGCGGACUGCGGCGGAACACAUUAAUGAACACGCGGGGUGUCCUUUCAUUUUUUUUUUUGCUUUUGAAGCUAGCACAGUUACGCAGCGGAGAAGCAAAGCAAGUGCUUUGCCAAAUGGAAACGGAUGGAAAUGUUUAGGAUGGAUGGAAAUGGCAAGAAAAAAACAACAAAACACAUAAAUGAAUACCGACACACGAGCCUUGCAAUUCAAAUAAUCAUUAUUGUUCAUUUCUUGCCCCAAUUGGCAUAGGAAAUGUGGCGCUGUUUGCAUGUUUAUUAGCGUGUUGUGCGCAGCAAGUGCUUUUGGUUAAUUUAAUCAUUAUUUAUUCUAAUUUUACUUCACCACCUUUGCGGUUAGUUUGUGAAUGAAGAAUUUGUGACACUGUAAAGUGUGAAAAAAAAAAUGCUUUCGGACGUGAAUCGAAAGCCAAAAACAGAUUUACUGCUUGUUCCAUUUUAAUUGUCCACAAAUAAUGGCGUGCUUUUCGGCAAUCAAAUGCUUGAAUACACCUGCAAACAUCAGUUGCUGAGUUUAGUUAAUCUCUGUUGAUGACUCGUGCUGUAUAGACAUUAAAGUUCCCAGAGUACUUUAAAUGAACAAAUACAAAACCACCUCACAAGAUCCAAUUAAUCAAAAUAAUGUCAAACAUGUAAGACUCCCCAAAUUUUUCGUCAAUGACUGAAAAAAUAAAAUCUAAAGAUAAUUUAUGUCGCGAGAUAAUUGGAUCAACAAAAACCAGGCCGCUACUUCGCGAAAAUUCGAUCUGGUUUAGAGAUGCGAUUGUUCCUAGGGUGUUGCGAAAUACAUUACGCGCAGCGGAUUGUCGACAGUCUGACUCUAAUAAUUGCUAGAUAAGAGGUCAUGUAAUAAUGCUAUCGUUUUGAUUGAUUGUAGGACCCCCUACUAGAACCGGCCAGCCUGCGCUAGGGUUGUGUGAUCAAUGAAAUGUGUGAAAUAAUUGACUGUUAAAUUGUAAAAUCACUUGUAUACAGACGGAUUCGUACGAACGGAUGCCGUGUCGGAUAUGGCAUGGAUGUUCCGCUCAAAGCAAAUCGGGGAACGUGACAGGAAAUAAUCAGGCACCGAGAGCGUGAUUCAAUGGAGGUGGUUUGAUAAGAUAGGAAAUCAGCUUAAUUUACUAUCACAGAGUUUGUAGCGAAAAAAUAAAAAUAAAACACAUUUAAACACCGAUAGCGCAUUGUACUCCCAAUCAAGCAUUGUAUGUAGGAGAGUGGUAGAUGAUUGAAUUACUGCUAAUUUGGUUAAGAAUACUAAUUCGCUUGAAAUUAUACUCAAUUAGAUUGUAAAUCUGA